CAAAGCUCUAGUGAUGAAUUGUGUAGGAGUCGGAGACCACACUGCUGAAGGUGAUGAGGCUGGUAUUGUGUCAGUGCGGACUAGCUUGUAUCGUCCUCACCUGGGCCUUGAUCGGAGCUCUCGUCUUUCACUUGACUGAGGCUCCCCGGGAAUACUCUCAGGUAAUAGAGAUGAACCGGCGCCAGACAGAGUUGGUCGUGGGAUUAGCUACAGACCUGCGCCAGGUGGUACCAGAGGAACCAGUCUGGCGCACGACUAUCGAGCAGUAUGCUACACACCACGAGGCCCUUAUCUUGUCGGCUGUUAGCUCAGGUUACCCCCAGCGUGGCACUAUCUGGACAUACUGUGGCUGUUUGCUCUUUGCCACCUCCCUACUCACCACACUUGGGUUCGGUGCACCGGUGCCACGCACUGUGACAGGUCGAAUUUGUGCCAUUGUGUUUGCUGGAGUGGGUAUUCCGGUGCACUUGCUGCUGGUGCUUAACGUUGGCUUACUGCUUGCUGUCAAGCUGCAUCACUUGUCCCACGUCUCCCAGCGCAAGCUCGUCAGGCUACACAGACAGCUUACCAACCCCAAAUCACAAGAGGAGGACUGGCCUGAGGAUAUCUUCACACCAGACGAUACCCCUCCUCCCCCUCCGUCCUGGAUCAAGUUCUUUCCAUUUGUGGCCAUCCCCAUCUACUACUCUGCUUGGGCCUGUUACUGUUUGGGGUGUUUCCGGGACAAAACUUUUCCUGAGGUCCUGUUGUUCCCUCUGGACUUCACAGCUGCUGGAGGCGUGGCCUCGCGCUACGGCCCACUGCGUGUUGCGUAUGCCGCAUACCUAGAGGGUGCUGUCAUCCUCGCCUCCACCAAUGUUGCCCUAUUGCGUGUCACUGCUACGCGUGGUUUCACUACACUCGGGAUCAAACUGGGCCUCAUGAUUAAUUCUCAUAAAUAG